AUGAAGUUGCAGCAUAAUGGUAAUGAAAAACAUCCUCCAUUCACAUUGGAAGAAAAAAAUGAGGUUGAAACAGAAAAAUUGGGAGUCCCAUAUGACGAAAAGAAGAUUACUUUGGGGGAAAAAACAUACAAGAAAAUAUUGUGUGUAAGUAAUAAUGACCAAGAGGAAGGAAAUUAUGAAAAUGCACACGCAAGGAAAAGCUUUAGGAAUAUAAACAUUGUAAGUAAUAAUGCAACCGUGAAAGAUGACCUGGUGGACCACAAUAAAGCAGAUGGUGUGAAGGUAGAUGAUAUACAUUAUAGCAGUUUCAACAAGGACGAUAAAAACAUAUUAUUUCUAAAUGAUGAUUAUGCAAAAACUGCAACAGACAAAAUUUAUGUAAACGAUAAUAAUGAUGAUGGCGAAAAUGAUGAUGGUGAAAAUGAUGAUGGUGAAAAUGAUGAUGGUGAAAAUGAUGAUGGUGAAAAUGAUAAUGAUGAAAAUGAUAAUGAUGAAAAUGAUAAUGAUGAAAAUGAUAAUGAUGAAAAUGAUAAUGAUGAAAAUGAUGAUGAUGAAAAUGAUAAUGAUGAAAAUGAUAAUGAUGAAAAUGAUAAUGAUGAAAAUGAUGAUGAUGAAAAUGAUGACGAUGAUGAUGAUGAUCUCUCUUAUAACGAUGGUUCUUAUUACAAUAACUGUAACGACGAUGAUGCUACUUGUACCUCCUCCAUCAACAAGAGUGUACGUAUUAUAAACAACAGCAUAUACAAAAUAAAAAACAAUUUAAGUAAUAUUAAAAAUAUUGUUAACUUAAGUGAUAAAUCAAAUGUAGACAUGACUUCAGACAAAUCGGAAAGUGAUGAUAGUAGCCUUGUAAGAACAUACGAAAAUUUAGAAGAGGGUAACGACGAGGAAUGUGAAUAUAAAAAAAAUAGUAAAGAUUUAGAUCAAAUACUAAAAACAGUAAUAAAUAGAAAGAAAGAACAAAAAAAUUUUACAGUAUUAGACAUAAUUGAUGAAUGCAUAUCUAUAGGAGAUAUAUAUAGCACAAAUAGACAAAAUCAAGAUCAGAGGAAGGCUAAGAUUUCUAUGUUAAGGGAUGAGAAAGUGGGACACACACAAAUCAGAACAGAAAGUACAAGCCCUAGGGGGGAUCAUGUUCAAAAUUCCGACUGUGCUUAUAUGACCAGUUUAGAAAAUGCAGUAAAUUUGGAAAAUAUAACCAGUUUGGAAAAUGUAGCCAAUUUAAAUAUUUUUGAAACAGAUAAGGUAAAAGCUUGCAAAUCUCAUGAUACUGUUACCGCUAGUACGAAUUCUGAAAGCGUAUCAAAUUUUCAUAAGAGCAAAGGAGGAGAAGAUCAUUUGAAAAAAGAGCUCUUGAAUAAUUGUAUGAGUUACUCCUCUUAUGACAUUUCAUUAAUAAAUAAUCGGCUAGAAAAAAAAAGAAAAGAAUUAGUAACAUGUCUAAAUUUAAAAGAUACAGAAGAAGAAUCGACCAAUUUUUGUACUACAAAUAUAAACAUUGAAAAUGAAAAUAUAAAUAAAGACAAAAAUAAAUACGAACAAAAAGACAAAGAGACUGAAAUGGGUAACUUGAUAAAGUGUACGAAAGAGUACAUGCACAAAUAUAUGGGCAACGAGCAAAAUGAAGAUAGUAAAUUAACGUAUCCCGUAAGGCUAUUUUUUAGGGGGAAAAAAAAGUUUACUGCUUUGUUAAGACAAAAAAAAUAUUUUUGUUAUUUCGUGUUACAUAUAUUUUUCUUUUCUUCUUGCUUUUUUUUUGGCUUAUCUUUUGUUAUUCUUGAACGGUUCUUUUAUCACGUGUUUUUUGACCAAGAUCUAUGA